UCUCGUAGAAACUCUCUCUCGUCCGCCAGAAACGCAGACUCCGCCGGCAUUUCGUGUUUUCUAUCCGUUAAUUGUGCUUUCCGCCUCUCUCUUUACGAUUAUUAAUCUUCCUUUUCAUUUUUCGAACCUUCUUCUCACCAAUCUUCAUUUGGGUUUCCCCUGUCAAAUCAUCCGUAAGAGGGGUUUUUCAACGCGAACAGGCGCAAGGAACAAAAUGCUAAUGACCAAGGCCAAAUUCGCGAGAUUAGGAAGCUAUGCUAUCGCUUCGUCAAUUGGAGACCCCAAUUCCAUCUCUUGCACCACCUUCAACAUUCUAGCUCCUAUUUACAAGAGACUCAACAAAGAGGACCAGGAUUCCAGGGAAAGCGAUAUUAGACCCUAUUGGCGGAAGAGGAAUAACAGGAUAUUGGAUUGGCUGUUGUGCGAACGAUCUUCCAUCAUCUGCCUUCAGGAAUUUUGGGUUGGGAAUGAAGAACUUGUUAAUAUGUACGAGAGGAGACUUGGGAAUGCUGGCUACCUCAACUUCAAGCUUGCUCGCACCAAUAACCGUGGUGAUGGUCUUCUAACUUCCGUGCACAAGGACCACUUUAGAGUCCUAAACCAUCGAGAGCUGUUGUUUAAUGACAUUGGAGAUCGCGUCGCUCAGCUAUUACAUGUUGAAUGUGUUACACCACAUUGUCGAGGCGAGAAUGUUCACCAAGAACUUCUGAUUGUUAAUACCCACAUGUUGUUUCCACAUGAUUCGAGUUUUUGUUUGGCACGAUUAAACCAGGUGUACAAAACCUUACAAUAUGUGGAAUCAUAUCAGGAAGAACAAAAGCUUAAUCCGUUGCCUAUCAUCCUCUGUGGGGAUUGGAAUGGAAGUAAGCGAGGCCAUGUUUACAAGUUCCUUAGAUCCCAGGGUUUUGUGUCAGCAUAUGACACUGCACAUCAGUACACUGAUGCAGAAGAGCAAAAGUGGGUUAGCCACCUUAAUCAUCGGGGAAAUAUCUGUGGUGUGGAUUUUAUCUGGCUGCUUAAUCCUAAUAAAUCCCGCAAAUUGCUCAAAACAAGUUGGAGUGAAGCUGUAUUUAGCAUGUUUAAGUAUUUACUUCGUAGAGCAUCCUUGACAGAUGAGGAUGCUUUCGCAUUCCUAAAGGCUGAUAGUGAGGGCGAUUAUAUUACCUUCUCUGGAUUUUGUGAAGCAUUGCGGCAACUUAAUUUAACUGGUCAUUCCCGUGGGCUGAGUCUUGAUGAGACGAGGGAUUUGUGGAUGCAAGCAGAUAUUGAUGGAAAUGGUUUUCUGGAUUACAAAGAAUUCAAGCAAUGGAUUAGGAGUCCUACAUGGUCAGAGCAAGAAAUAAACAUAGAAGAAGACGAUGAAGAAGAAGAGGGGGAAGAUGGUAAAGAGCAGCAAAUGGUUGGUUUCAAUGUGAAGGACGCAGUUCUCUCGCCCACUGAAGUGGAGAAAGGAAAGUGGCCAAAGAAUUACUCUCUUUCAGAUCACGCUCGACUCACUGUUGUGUUCUCGCCGGUUAGAAUGCCAAGCCCUAUGUUGAUAUCUUGAUCAAUUGUUGCAAAUAAAUACACAAAAAAACAAUACUAUUGAAAAAAAAAAACAAUACUUUCAAGGAUCAUAUCUUUCCUUUUUUUUUUUUAGCUUGAGCUUGAGUUUGCUGAAAUGGUAUAUUGUACAGAUCUGCUUGGUAUUUUUCCUUAUUCAACAUGUAAAUAUAUUGGAUUUUUCUUUAAGAUACUGAAAAUUUACACAAAUUGUUAUAUUCAUAACAUUCAUUGUUGCCUUGUA